AUGAAACCAAAUGGUACUGUUCUUGCACAAAUUCUUAAGGCUGUGAACACAAUACAUGAGGAGCGUAUCGUGCACUCUGACUUGAAACCUGCAAAUUUCCUUCUCGUCAAGGGUUCGUUGAAGUUGAUCGACUUUGGCAUAGCCAAUGCAAUACAAAGCGAUACCACUCACAUUCAGCGGGAUUCACAGGUGGGCACCCUAAAUUACAUGUCCCCGGAGGCUUUCAUGUGCAACGAACAAGACUCCAAAGGAAACACCAUCAAAUGUGAGCGUGCAUCUGAUAUAUGGUCCCUGGGCUGUAUUUUAUAUCAAAUGGUCUAUGGGAAAACUCCAUUUGCAGACUAUAAGACCUUUUGGGCCAAAUUCAAGGUAAUAACCGACAGGAACCAUAAGAUCUGUUAUGGCCCUGUGUCAAACCCUUGGUUGCUUGACCUCAUGAAAAAGUGGCUUACGUGUGAGCGCAGUGAGAGGUGGAGGAUCCCACAGCUGCUUAAGCAUCCUUUUCUCUCUCCUCCAGUACCACCCCAUAUCCCUUCUUCACAAGACAAACAAUGUAAACUUAUUAUGCAGAUUGCCCAAGAUCACGAAUCUGUCCCACAAAUUGUUAAACUUUGUACCCAACUGCAGAAGCUCAUUUUAAAUGUUGAUGGAAGCUCAAAGCAAUUGAGAGAAAUUUAA